CUGCUUGCAUGUGUUUUUUGUUUUGAAUUAUUUCAUUUAUUGCGAAAUAUUAGAAAGUGCAAAUGUUUUUAAAACCAUACAGACCCAAGAGCAGUGCGGCCCUCAAGGGUUCCGAGAGCAAGAAAUUCCGACAGCGAGUGGAGCUGGCCUUUCCCAACAUUUCGGUGGAUCAGCUGGUGCCGGCAAAGUCUGCGGUCACCCACGUCAAGAUUCUCACCCAUGGCGGUGUCCAGAGCGUUGUCUACUGCGUGGACAAGCAGCCCAUGUUCUUUGAGCUGGAUGGCGGGCAGCUAGUGCCCACAUUGUAUGCAAUGUGGAUUGUGCCCAACAUUUUGCCUUACUACACGACCCACGAAGGCGUCCUACCCAAACUCACCAAUGGCGCGGACCUGAUGCUGCCGGGAGUGGUGCCCCUAGGCGUUGGAAUGAGCAUGUACGGACACUACAAGAAGGGACAGUUGAUGGCCGUAAAUCUAACCAACAACAAGUCUGCGGUGGGUGUGGGACAGUUGGCGCGUUCCAGUGAUGAUCUGUACAUGUGCGGUGGCCAUGGAGUGGCCGUCAAAAUGCUGCAUUUAUUCGGCGACAAGCUCUGGGCCCACGAACCCAGUCUGGUGCAACAAAUACCGCUGGUGCGGACCAAAGCCCUGUCCACCGAUGACUUUCCUGCCCUCGGCGCUGAGGCGGAGAGAAAGAAAGCACCAAAGGCAGAAGCUGCGGAUGCGCCAGACACAUUUGCAUCUGUGACACAGGCAGCGGAUACAGAGCAGCUAGAGUCCGGCACCGCUUCAAUGUCUCUGGCUGAGGACGAAGAGCACACUGAAACCGCGGACACAUCCCCGCCAGCGGAAUCGAAUGAAGUGUCCCCAGAGUACAUACUGAGAAACGCCUUUCUGUCUGCACUGAAAAACAAUGGAAAGAAACUGCCACUGCCGCUGCUGACCAGCAACUUUUACCGACUGUACGUGGUGAACGAGGCGAGCGAGCAGAUCGACCUGAAGAAGACGCGCUACAAGAAGCUGUCCAAUUUCCUGGCCGACAUGGUUGACCAGGGCUUCAUUGUGGUGCGCGAGGAGAGCAAAGGCGUGGAUAAGAUUAUCUCGGUGGAUCUGGAGCAUCCCGAGCUGGUCAAUUUCAUCACAGACGUGAAGGCAAACGAAGCGAACGGAGCGGCGUCCGAGACGCCUCUGUUUCACUCGGAGCUGAAGGAAAUGUACAUUGUGUCGGACGUUACGGCGGCCUUCUUCACCAAAAUGAACUUCAAACGCGGCGAGGGCAUACCCGUGGGGCAGGUCAAGAAGAUUGUGCGCGAGUAUGUGGCCAAGCACGGACUGCAGGAUGUGAAAACCAAGCUGGUGCGGCCGGAUGAGACGCUGCAGGAGCUGUAUGGCAAUCGGGAGGGCACGCUCAGCGAGGUCUGCUCGAUAAUAACCAGCAAGAUGGAGCACUCAUAUCAGAUGUGCAGCGGCAAGGACACGAGUGGCAAGCCCAUGAUACAAAUGUCGCUGGCCACGCGAUCCGGCAACAAGAAGGUGACGCUGGUGAGCAACAUCGAGGCCUACGGCAUCAUCCUGGCAGAAUUCAUAAAGCUGUGCAAGCAGGGCGCCGCUGCCAGCACGAGUAUUGUGAAGCUGCCGCAUCAGAAGCUCGAGCAGCUUCAGAUCCAGGGCAAUCAGGUGCGAUUUGUGUACACGCUGCUCACGGAAACGUACAAGGUGCCGCCCAAGUGCAUACUGGGACUGGAGCUGGCCAAGGAUGGCAAGAAGAACAAGAAAAGGUGAUGGAUGUCUGACAAUAAAUAACCCUGGAUGCCUGGGCCUGCGUGGAUGUGUUACAAUAAAUUAUUUAUUAACUGUA